AUGCUUAUCACCAAGAAGCUCAAAUUCGACUCUCCAGUGAUCCAUAUGGCCGGCACCCAGCUGAGUCUAGUAACCGAGAUCAAGCUGCUGGGUCUCAUAAUAGACUCCAAACUCUCCUUUAACGCACAUGUGGCCGCUACCUGUAAAAAAGCGGCAGAAAUUAACAAACAAUUAGCACGUGCAGCAAAGGUCACAUGGGGUCUCAAUGGAGAAAUAAUCAGAAUCAUCUACGUGGCGGUUAUAGAGCCUAUCGUCCUGAACGCGGCUAGCGUAUGGUCUGCCGCAGCAGAGAAGUUGCCGCUAAGGAAUAAGUUAAACUCGCUGCAAAGAGGCUUCGCUCUAAAGAUUUGCAAGGCGUACAGGACAGUAUCUCUCACAUCGGCACUAGCAGGACUACUCCCCCUUGACCUCCGCGUUCGAGAGGCUGCCACCCUAUCAAGAUAA